AACUUUCCUUUGUUUUUAGACAGUAUAAAAACACCACAAUUUCCCUUCUUGUAGACACUGGACUGAACAUAUUAACUUAAUUUUAGAUUUGGACAAAAUGGAAAUCAUUUCCUCAAAACGAUUCAUUUUAUUGACUUUAGCCACUUCAAGCUUGUUAACAUCAAACAUCUUUUGUGAAGAUGAAUUAUUGAUGCCCAAUCUUCACAGCAAAGAAAAUUACAACAAACAUUUUGAGCCUAGGGGAGCCCCAAAAAAGGAAAAGGAAAAAAGUCCCAAUUUUCAAGAGUUAAAAGAUUGGGGACCAAAAAAUGUCAUGAAGAUGAACACACCCUCAGUCAACAAAAAGCCACACUCGGCAGCCAACCUGCCUCUGAGAUUCGGGAGAACCGUGAAAGAAGAAAGGAGCCCUGGAGGGACAGCCAACCUGCCUCUGAGAUUUGGAAGAAAUAUGAAAACCAGCAUAUCCAGACACAACCCCAACCUUCCCCAAAGGUUUGGAAGAAUGACAACAGCCCAAAGUGUCACCAAGACACUGAGUGAUUUGUUCCAACAAUCCACGCAUUCACUCUGUGCCAGUGAGUUCCUGUACUCCAACACCUGCCAGAGCCAAGAAAACCAGAAUCCUGAUCAAAAACAACCAAGGAGAUUGGUAUUCAAGAAUAUAGACGAUGUGGAAGUGAAACAAGAAAAAUAAGAAAUCUGGAGCCUGUCCCUAAAGAUGGUAUGAAGCUACGGCCUGUAAUAUCUGCAAACAGCUCUAUGGUGAAGACAAUAAGAGCAGUGGAACCACUUUGAUGGUUUAUGUAUUGUUGAUGGUAGUUUUUCCUUAUCCAGUACAAGUUAUUUUAAAAAAAAAAAAAAAAACUUUAAAGGAUAUUCGUAAUGUAAAGUUAAAAUAAUUUUGUCUGAAUAAAAA